AUGAAAUUCAUUCCCUCCCCCAUUCCCAUUCCUAUACCCGUCACAAUGCCCGCCCCCAAUCCUCCACAAGCAGAUCCCUUACUCAGCCCACCCAACCUUCUCUCCCCCCGUGACCUUGCCCUCCCCCUCCCCCUCCACUCGGCGCUCAUCGUGAUGGGCUCGAUCUGGCUGGCCUUGAUAUUCGUUCUUCUGGCAUUUAUGGUGGUGGGUCCGAUACUCGGGGCUUGUUUGGCGACGAGAAGGAGGAGGGGGGGCUGGGCGAAGUCUUGGUCGAGUGAUGUGGGGAGCUCGGAGGGGAGGGGUGGGAGUGUGGAUGGGAGUUUGCGGGAAGGGGAUGUGUGGGAUCCGGGGAAGGUCACGGGGGGAUGGGGAGUUUGGGUCCGCUGA